AUGCAGCAGAGAGCAGAGAACACCCGCGGGGCGCGUGGAGAAGAGUUCCUCGCCGCCGGCGUUGUUCAUGCACGUGAGGCAGAAGGCAGAGGCCCGUGGGCAGCUGUCCGCUCACAGUUUCGAAAACACUUAAGAGUCCUCCGGGCCUUCUCUUGCCAGAUGGGGGAUGAUUUGCAUGCCGGGCUCUUCCUCGGAGGGGCGCAUGGUAAUGCAACAGAAUUUGGCAAAGGAUUUAAGAAUAGAAGAAUUGAAGUCAACUAUCACAGAACACAGAAGCGCUACCGAGAUGGAAAAUCUAGAUGGCUAGAGAAAUCAGACAAUAAUGCCUUCAUGUUUGUAGUUUCAGUUCCUUUCAACAGUGUAAGCCUAAGUUUGAAGAAAUUUCAGAAGUUGGAAAACUUCCCUAAUGGUUCCUUCCAGUGGGUCACUAAUCCAGAAAUUACUGUCAAAGAAAAAUGGGUACAGCAGCAUCCUAAUGUUUUAGAUGAGGGAUUUUCUCACCUGGAUCCCCUGUCCGCCACAGAAGGUAUUCAACAGCCUCUUCAAGAAAAAUUGAUUGUUGUCAGGUGCCCUGACCUCACGGGUGUUCCGAACCCUGGACCAGAUCUUUCAGUCUGCAUCAAGAUGAAUGGUGACUUAAGUGUGGAAUGCCACCAAAUUACAAUCUCAUCAGUGAAACCCAUUGAUGAGGUGACAGCCAUCAUGAUCCACUUACUUUCCUCCAGCCCAGGCCAGGAAUAUGUGAGCAGGAAUCAAGCUGCGUCAAGUUUGGAAGGCAAGGAAGAGCCCAAAACAAUAGAAAAACAUAGAAAAGAAUGCGCUGCAGGAGAAACCGAGGUUUCCCCUCCUCCGGUAACCACUGGGAAAUCGGUUAACUUUAGACCAAGUGACAACACUUCUGCUAAUGAAAGAGAGGUGGAGGCCGAAUUUCUCAGAUUAUCUUUGGGAUUUAAGUGUGACUGGUUUACACUGGAGAAAAGAGUGAAACUUGAAGAGAGGUCGCGUGACUUGGCAGAAGAAAAUCUGAAGAAAGAAAUCACCAACUGUUUGAAGCUCUUAGAGUCUUUAACACCUCUGUGUGAAGAAGACAACCAGGCCCAGGAACUCAUUAAGAAACUGGAGAAUAGUAUAACGUUUCUUAGCCAGUGCACAACCCGAGUGGCCAGUAGAGCUGAGAUGCUGGGAGCCAUCAAUCAGGAGAGCCGGGUUAGUAAAGCAGUUGAAGUGAUGAUCCAGCAUGUAGAAAACCUAAAGAGAAUGUACGCCAAAGAGCAUGCUGAGCUAGAAGAGCUGAAGCAGGUUCUCCUGCAGAACGAGAGGUCUUUUAACCCUCUCGAAGAUGGAGAUGAUUGCCAUAUUAAAAAGCGGUCAGCUUCCCUGAACUCCAAGCCAUCUUCCCUUCGAAGAGUGACUAUUGCCUCUUUACCCAGAAAUAUUGGAAAUGCAGGAAUGGUGGCUGCCAUGGAAAAUGAGAGAUUUAGUAGACGGUCGAGCAGUUGGCGCCUACUGGGGCCAAAGCAGAGCGAACACCGCCCUUCAUUACACCGGUUUAUUAGCACCCAUUCCUGGGCAGAUGCUGAAGAUGAAAAAUGUGAACUAAAAACUAAAGAGGACUCAGAAUCACCUAGAGAAGAAGUAGUUGAAAGGACAAGAAAGCCAAGCCUUUCUGAAAGGAAAAAUAUUCCCUCCAAGUGGGAUUUCUGUCCCAUCCCUGACACGCUGGCCUCAUGGGUGACGAAUCUCGGGAGCUCCGUGAGAAAGGCUAAUAAAGCCAUCUGGUUGUCUGUUGUACUCAUUGUAGUGUUUGCAGCUCUCAUGAGCUUGCUCGCAGGCCGAUUUUUCCAGCGGUCUGUGGAUGCCACUGCCACUGAGGAAGAGGACUCCUGGGUAUCGCUGGAGCACAUCCUGUGGCCAUUCACCACACUGCAGCAGGACAGGCCACCCCCGGUGUGACUGCCACAAACCCUAACGUAGGUGGCUUGAUUUUGGACUUUCCAUUCUCUGAACUUCACCAAACAUGUAACUUUUAGCUGGGGUGUCACUUAGGGUAGCACAACAACACAGGUUUUCUGAUAAACUGUAAACUAUUUUGCAUUCCCACUUUGUGUUUUAUAGUUGGGGAGGCGACCAGAAAGCGGAUAUUUUAAUGAGGAUUUUUUUUUUUCCAGAAAUGUUUUGCUACAAUUUAUCUCAAUAAAGAACCCUUCAAAUUUUCCCAUGGUGAAAGUUGAACUUCUCAACAGGGCAAACAGUCAAGGGGGGAAAAAAUCCCGUUUUGUUUAAAAUAAAAUUGAAUGUAAAAUGCUGUUAGGCAAUUUUAAUAGUCAAUUGA